AUGGAUACAGAUGGUGAAGAUAGAUCAAAAGAACAACAGAAAGAUGAACUUCAACAAUACAUUGAUUUAAAACUUAAACAAGACGAAAAAUAUUUAAAUCCACUGUCAUUCUGGAAACAAAAUGAACAAACUUACCCCAAUUUAGCUAAAUUAGCUAAACGUUAUUUUUCAAUAACAUGUAGUUCAGCUGCAGUAGAGCGGCAGUUUAGUGUUGUUACACAAAGACGUUCUAAUCUGGAUCCAGCGACUGGUAACAAUGUUAUUUAA